ACUAGAAUUAUCUCUUUCCCGACAUUUCACCAUACCUAAAAAUGGACCCUUUUUUCUCUUCCAUGCCCGUAGCCCCUCCUCCCCCGAUCCCUCCCCCGUCCGUCAUCCCUGUCGUCCCUCCUUUUGUCUCUAACCCUACGACGGCGACGACGGUGGCUGGUGGUCCACCACCGAGUUUCGACCACCCAUCUUACUCUGACAUGAUAUGCGAAGCUAUCGGGGCUUUAAAAGACAAGAAUGGGUCAAGCAAAAGGGCUAUAGCUAAGUACAUAGAGUCAGCUCACAAGGACUUGCCACCAACACACUCGGCCUUGUUGACUCACCACUUGAAGCGCUUGAAAAACAACGGUAUCUUAGUCAUGGUCAAGAAAUCUUAUAAGCUUGCUUCUACUGCUAGAUCUGAGGUUCCUAUCCCCGAUUCUACUCCUUCCAACCCUCCCGAUGUUUCUUCUCCUCCUGGAUUCAAACGAAGCCGUGGUCGUCCUCCUAAACCCAAACCCACAAUUUCUGCUCCUGCCGACCCUAUUCCUCAGCAGCAGCAGCAGCAACAGCAACCGCUGCCUGCUCCGAUUCCCGAUGCCACUAAAAGGUCUCCCGGUAGGCCCAGGAAGAAUGGUCCCGUUGCUCCACUUGGGGUUAGGAAGGGCCGGGGUCGUCCACCCAAAACUGGCCCUAAGAAGAGUCCCGGUCGUCCCAGGAAGCCCAAAACGGUCAGGUCGGUGGUGGGGGCUAAUGCGAUGAAAAGGGGUCGUGGGCGGCCGCCUAAGGUCUUGAACCAGAUGCCUCAACCGGCUGUUAUGCCGAUCCAGGGUCAGCCCAUGGCUGUUCCUUAUGCUGAUACCGCUGCUGCUGUUCCUACUACUACUGCCGUUGCUGCUGGUCCGAGGCCUAGAGGAAGGCCAAAAGGCACUGCCGUGGCUCCUGCUGGCCUUGCGGUCCCUGGAAAGGGGAGAGGUCGACCACCCAAGAGUAGUGGGGUCGCCGCGAAGCCCAUCAAGCCCAAGAAAUCUACUGGAAAGCCUGUUGGCCGCCCCAAGAAGACAACGGAUGGAGCAGCAUCAUAUGGCGAUCUGAAGAGAAAACUUGAAUUCUUUCAAUCAAAAGUGAAGCAAGCAGUUGGAGUACUAAAGUCUCAGUUCAGCAGUGAAAGCAACAUCAGUGCAAUCGAUGCUAUCCAAGAGUUAGAAGUACUUGCAGCUAUGGACAUUAACAAACCAUUUAAAGAUGAUGCUCAGCCACCGCCACCGCCCCCACCACCCCCAGCACCAGAACCGACACAGCCAGCACCGAUGCCCCAAAAUAUGGAAGGACAAGUGUAUUAAUAACGAAGCCCUAUCUCUCUGUAUGAUUAUUAAGAAGGCAAGGCGUGGAAGAAAAUGUUCUGACCCUAGACAUAUGAUAUUUCUGUAAAGGGAAAAGUAGGAAGUUGCAGAUCAUCUAAUUUGUGUUGUUAUUGUUGUUGAGGUGUGUGUUCGUUUGUGAACCCUGUUCAUCGACUUUUAAUUAUUCCCCCUCAUUUAGUGCAACAUUAGUCAAGCAUCCUUGUUCGCUUGGUUAUUAUUAUGAAUUUGAUACUAGUAGUGUAUUUGAAAUAUCCAUUUCGGGUUUA